UACUUGCAAAUCGGGGUGAGGCCGUAGACUUGCUCCGGCUCGCCCGACUCGUCGUCCACCUUCUUGGCCUCGAAGAUGUCGCAGCUGGCCAGGAAGCGGAGGAUGCGGUCCAGACAGCAUGGUGCCUUGCUCCGCGUCAGCCAUGAUCUGAGGCACGUCCAGGAGAGUUAUGGCCUUUAAAGCCAUUGGGACAGUGCUGAGCGACAUGAGCUCCAGGAAAUUGAGACGCUCUCUGUCGUCUGACAGCACCUUCUCCUUCCUCCCGGUACCGUUGGCGCGAUCUAUGCACUGGAGCACCUCAAAGUGGUUGUGACUGCGGAUGUGUUCGUCAGCAACGCUCUGCUCAAUCUCAAGCAUCUUCGAUCGCUCUCUUUCUCUCUCGGGAAGCGAUUCCUCCGAAACAGAGUGAUGGCUUUUUAAGCUGCUUCAGGACAAACCACACGAGCGAGAAGUGGAAAAACAAAGAAUUUACGAGCUGAGAGAGAUGCUUUGGAGCCGCCCGACAAGAUGGAACGAAUGCGCAACGAAGCACGAACAAGGAAUGCGAGACAGAUUCCGGCUGGUGUUUCGCGCAAUGAUGCAAAGCAAACGCCACCGAGGAAGACAAAACAAAGACAAAGAGGAGAGAUUUGGGCCCAAGCAAGCAGCAGCAGUGCCGGCGAGAAGAUUGACGAGCGAACAAAAGGUGAGCUACUUUUCUCGCUCGCUUCGCUUCGCUUCUCUCGCUCUCUCGCACCCUCCCUUUGUAGUAGUGGUGGUGGUAGUAGUAGUAGUAGUAGCACUGUGUAUUUUUGGAAUGGCACUGUGUAUGUACUUCCUCAGGGUCUUCUUAUAUACAGAACAGGAGGGCUUUGGGACGUGCGUAAGCCCUACAAGUCCCGACGGAAAAGAAUGGAAGGAUGGAAAAAAACUAGAAAUAUUAACUGUGGAGGGGGACAUGCUUCCAUCUCUCAACCACCACCUUUCAUGAUCUUGGCAAUGCCCGAAUGUAUUGACUUGCUCAAACUGGGGGGGCCAAUAUGGCCGGGGGUGUCGGUCGGAUUGUGUUGCGAAUUUAACGCUAAACCCGUGGGAAGUAUGACGCGGGGAGGUUUCAAUCGCUUUGGCGAGCGAUUGCUACCCGGGAGUGAAGGGGGUGCUGGCGAUGUGAGCACAAUUUACAGCUCUCAUGUGGCCUGGCAUGGGGGACGAGAGACACCAGCGCCCAUAAACAUUGCUUGUCUCGGAAGCAGCGAAAACAAACAAGAAAGCGCAAAAGACCAAGAGAUUGUACAUGCGUUCUUCAAUUGCCUUGCUCGGGAGAUCGGGACCAUCCACGUGGACGGUCAGAAACAGCACAUGAGGAGCCCUAAUUCGCUCGCAGCUGCCUAG